GCUGGUUUUUACUUAUAUUUUUAAAUGGCUGAGAGUUCUGCUUUGCUUAGCCUAUCUUCGGCAGACUUGACCAACCAUUUAUUGAAUGGUUCAACUGCCCUACAGUUGCAGACGUUACAAGAUUUGGACAAUUUAUUGGUUUCAAAUUCGAAAGAUGUCAAUCACCGCAGGCAGUUUCUAUUAAUUUUGAAGAUUUUGUUGGUAAAUUAUAACAAGUUUUCCUUCAAUGCACACUCCAGAACUUUUUAUGUCAACAACUUGAUCCCCAGUUUUUUAAAUCUAUCAUUCAAUAAUGAUAGUACUGCAAAAGACGAAAAGAUGGAUUUCAAUUCAAUUAUAAUCAAAUACUUUACUGAUUUAAUUUCCUCAAAUCUAAUCACUUCUUCUUUACCCAUAUGUGAUGUCUUGUUUUUAUUGGAAAUCAUUAAUAAAACCUUGAUUUUAAAUUCAAUUCAUUUGGUUGACACCGGAAACUCCUCUCUUCUGUUUGAAAACUUAAUUAUAUCACACUCCAUAUUAAUUAAUUAUACAACAUACUAUUCUACAAGCUCUCUUGCAUCAAAUUACCAAUUUGAUCCCAAACUUCCUCCUCCUAUUAGCCCCAACGCUAACCACAAGUUGAGAAUUCAAAAUUCCAUUUUCAGUAAUUCAAUAAAUACUUUAUCAAUUGUUUUCAAGAAUUUGCAAAACCCUCAACUGAGUUUUCAGGGCCUCCAAUUUAUUCAGAUCUACUUGGACUCAAUUUUACAAUCAAAACUGUCAAAAAUAAAUCUUCCAAACUCUUCCAUUUUAUUAUCAAUUUCAAUUUUAUCUAAAUCUAUUCAAAAUUUAAUUCCUGCUAUUCCUAAUUUAUUCCAUUUUUUCAAUACAAAAUUAGAUCUAAUUAUCGAUUUUUAUAAUAACAACAUUCUACUCAAUAAAUUUGCUCUUUUACCUUUAGUUUAUCAAAAAUUCGAUCUGUACUUCAUCAACUUGUUUACAAAUGAUCCCAAAUCACUUUUUUUCAAAUCAAAAAUUUUACCUGUUCUAAUCAAAGCUUCAUUGAGAUCCCCUGAAUUAAUCUUUGGUCACAUUUCUUCAAACUUAUUUCUCAAUCUCAAAAUCAAUUUAUCAUAUAACGACCUUUCAAAAUUAUAUGAUCAACUAUUUACUAAUCUUAAAAAUUCAAAAGAUUUUAUUCGAAAUGGCUCAAAAAACUCUUUGAUAAACUCACUAUCAAUUAUAAAUGACAAUACCUCAAUAUCAAAAAUAAUUGAUAGAUUAUUUGUUUCUCUAAGAUCGGCUUCAAAUUUAGAUCAUAAAUUUAUCUUCACUUCUAUUUUAAAUAACUUGAAAUUUGAUCAAAAUUCUUUCGAUCUUCAAUUAACUUCUUCAAUUAAAAUUAUUAACAAUUUAUCAGCUUUAAUCUCAAAAGAUCAAAUUGAAAAUUCUUUAUACUAUAACCUAUCUUCAUUCUUCAAUCAUUUUUUCAUUUUACUAACUUUAAAUCAUAAAUUCGAUGAUUCCAUUAUAAAAAUUCUUCUAAAAGGCUUUAAUGACAAUAAAUUAAAUUUACGCAAAAACUGGUACUUGAAUUUCGGUCAUAAUUUUUUAUCAAAUUAUAAUCACUUGAAAUCCUCACCAGAAUUUCUUAAUAUUUUAUCUCAACUCUUGCCCACCUUUUUAACUAAUUUUGAUAGUAUUAUUAACAACCCAUUGUCUAAUUUAGUUAAUAAAAAUAUUUUAUCUUCCUACGUUGUUCUAUCAAUUUGUUUUAUCAUUUCAAAUGAAUUCAAAUCCCAAUCCCUUCAAAACUCUUUUGACAUUAAUUCCAUCUUUCAAAAUGCCUACAAAAAUGAUGAAAAGCCUUCUAUAUUAGUCAACUCAAAAAUCUAUUCAAAAUUCAAUAAUCAUGACGAAGUUAAAUGGUUGUCUCACGCUUUAUUUUAUUCUAUCAACUACUUUUCUAAUUUAAGCGACCUAACCCUGGAUAACAAUACUGAGGAUUUGAACUCAAAAUCUGUUUGUUACAGCCUUUCCUGGCUCUAUUUACUUUUAUCUAAAAACAUCUCUUUUGAGAUAAGAAAGCCUUGCUAUGAUUUAGUAACUAAAUUAUUCAAAAAUCAUCAACUACUUGUUGGGGAUUUAUUAAUCGAUGGAUUAUUUGAAAGUUUACGCAAUUCUAACACCUAUUUUGAUUCUGAAAAGUUCAAUUUUGAUUUUAAAUUAAUCCCAAAUAUUUUUAUUAUCAUUUCUUCAUCUAAUCCUUCUGAAAAAUCAAUCAUAAUCAAGCAUUUGAAAAAUUUAUUAGUUAUUUGCAACCAUCUGUCUGUGAAAAUUAAAAAUGGCUGGGUAGGUGCCUGUCAAAAAGCCAAUCUUGACCCUGGAAAAAUAGUUGCAGACGAUUCUGAAAAAAUGUUUUUACAAUGCUAUGAUUUGCUUUUAAUUUCUGGCCUUGAAAAAUCUUUAUACAGAGCAGCUGUUGAAUCAAUUAAUUUAUUAGCAUUUGUAUCUCCAGAUACAAUAGGACCUAUAGUUGAAUCUAAUAUUAAAAAAGAUGUUUCUAUUAACAAAUUGAAAUUGCUUAAUGAUAUUAAUCUAAAAAUAUGGAAAUCUGAUAGCUCAACUGUGGUAAUCAAUCCCAUCACUGAUGCUAAAUCAAAAAAUCAGAAAAGCCCAAAAACUGCUGCUUAUAGUUCAAACAAUUUACUAAACAAUAAAAAUUUAUCAGCAAAUUCGAAGAAAAAAACCAGUUGGGAAGAUCAACAAUUAAUUAAUGAACAACUUAAAAAAGAAUCUUCAAUUCGUCUGACUAUUCAGGAGAAUUACCUUCAUUUAAAACGUGGAGUAUCUAUUAUUGAUGGUUUAGGUAAUAGUGCUAAAAAUGUUAAUAAUGGCUAUGAGUAUUAUUUUUCAACUGCUGUAAAUUCUCUUUUAGCAAUAAUGGAAAAUAAUUAUUGCUCGAUUUUUUUAAACUCCGAGGCUAGUGAUGCAUUUCUAGCACUUUCUAACAUCAUCAGUCCCAGAUUAGGUGCAACAAAACUUUUUGUGGGUGUUGCAACCUUGAGAAUAUAUGAAGUUGGAAAUUUACCCAGUAAUUUAUUAGAAGAGCCCGUGCUUGAAUUACUAUCUAGAAUUCUUUUCAGAAUAAAAUUUUUGUCCGACCAAGUUCCACUUGACAUAUUUUCUCUAAUAUAUAUUUUGCCUUUGUUAACCAAAGUUUUACAAAAUGGGAAAUUGGUUGCAAUGAAAAAUGCUAACAAACAUGUUGUUGCUAGGAAAGCAGAAUUUGCAGAAGAAGACAAAGAAGAAGAUUUAUUAAUGUUGGCAGUUGAAAUAGUUGCAAAUCAUAGUGAAGUAUUAGAUAAUGAGAAUAUUGUGAAAAAAUAUAUUUUGGAAGUUUUAUUGUCGUUAAUGAUGAUACCAUCUAAAGCUAAGAUUGCAAAAGAAUGUUUUAACUCUCUUUGUCAAAGUGUUUCUGAUAGCUUAAGUGAAGAAGAUGUUUCGAUUAUUCUCAGUUCUUUGUUAACUCCUGAGGUAUUUGCUCGAAAUGCGGUUUUAGAUUGUUUAGACUCAGAAUUUGAUUUGUCUUUAGAUAUGAGUUAUUCAAAUGAAAUAUGGAUAUCUACAUUUGAUAAUAAUGAUCACAAUGCUGAAAUUGCGCUGACAAUUUGGAGGGAAAAUGGAUUUGUUUUGGAUAAAACUGCUCCACUUCAAUUAAUGGAAUUUUUAGCAAAUAAAGACAGCGGAAUUCGAUUGUCUGUUUCCAAGUCUAUUUUUGCUGCUAUUGAUAUACUUUCCAAAGAUGAACCUGCAAUCUUUCUGACCACCUUAGAAGCACUUCUUGAUUUGUAUAAACUUAAAUCAAAACCACCAGAGCCAAUUCUUGACGAGUAUGGAUUGGUAAUUAAGUCCUCUACUGAUCAAAAGGAUCCUUGGGAAAUACGAAGUGGAAUCGCUUUAACUUUAAAGUACUGUUCUCCUUUGUUUAGCAAUAAAAUUUCAGUUCUUUCACUUUUUAACUUCUUUAUUAAUGAAGGUGCUUUGGGCGACUCAGAAAGUAUUGUUAGACAAGAGUUUCAAGAUGCUGGUAUUGAUAUUAUUAAUUUAUUUGGGUCUCAAAAUCUUGAAGGAUUAAUUCCAAUUUUUGAGCGGUUUUUGGCUUCAAAAACUGAAAAAAAUAGUAAAACUCAAAACAAUAUUAAAGAAAUUACUAUUAUUUUAUAUGGAGCAUUAGCAAAGCAUCUUAAAUCAUCUGAUAAAAGACUUAUUCAAGUUGUCGACCGACUAAUAAAGACAUUAGACACUCCUUCAGUGAACGUUCAAAGAGCUAUAUCCAAUUGUUUGGCUGGGUUAGUGCCUCUAAUACCAAAAUCUUUACCUGACUAUAUUGACCUUAUGUUUAAGAAACUAUUUGAAGCAAAGUAUUUGUAUCAGAGAAGAGGUGCAGGUUUUGGAUUGGCUGGUUUUGUAAAAGGAGCUGGGAUAAAGGCGUUGUUCGAAUAUGAUAUUGUUCGAACUUUGAUUGAAUCGGCAGAAGAUAAAAAAGAUCCUAUCAAAAGAGAAGGUGUUUCUAUUGCUGUCUCUUGUUUAUCUGAAAGCUUAGAUAAAUUUUUUGAACCUUAUGCUUUGGAAAUUCUACCUGUUAUUUUGAAAAACCUAGGUGAUAUUUCUGCUGAUGUUCGGUUGUAUACUGAUAUAACAGCUAAAACCAUCAUGAAAAGCACAACAGGUUUUGGGGUCAAAAAGAUAAUUCCCUUAGCUAUUGAUAACUUGGAUGAUAUUUCAUGGAGAUCUAAAAAGGCAUCUGUUGAGCUAUUAGGUUCUAUGGCUUACUUGGAUCCAACUCAAUUGUCUUUUUCUCUUUCUACUAUUGUUCCUGAGAUUGUUAGUGUUCUUACAGAUACUCACAAAGAAGUUAGAAAAUCCGCGGAUCAGUCUUUAAAGCGAUUUGGUGAAGUAAUUCGAAACCCUGAAAUUCAAAAAUUAGUUCCAAUUUUAAUCAAAGCAAUUGGAAAUCCUACUAAAUACACUGAUGAAUCUUUAGAUGAAUUGAUUAAAACCCAAUUUGUUCAUUAUAUUGAUGGUCCUUCAUUAGCUCUCAUCAUACAUGUUAUUCAUCGUGGUAUGGUUGACAGAUCUGCUUCAACUAAACGUAAAGCCUGUCAAAUUGUUGGAAAUAUGGCAAUUUUAGUAGACAAUACGGAUUUGUAUCCAUAUUUGCCAUCCUUGGUAAAUGAAUUGGAAGUCGCAAUGGUAGAUCCAGUUGGUACUACUAGAGCCACUGCUGCCAGAGCCUUAGGUUCUUUGGUUGAAAAACUUGGUGAAGAUAAUUUCCCAGGGCUUGUUGACAAAUUGUUUAGCACAUUUGAAGAUCCUGAUAAACGUGGAGAUAGACUCGGUGCAGCUCAGGCUCUUGCAGAAGUAAUUUCUGGACUUGGUGUUUCGAAGCUUGAUGAAUGCUUACCAAUAAUUUUAUCUGGUACAACAAGCUCCAUUUCAUUUAUACGGGAGGGUUUUAUGCCAUUGCUAUUAUUUUUGCCUGCUUGUUUUGGAAAUCAAUUUGCCCCUUAUAUUUCCAAAAUUAUUCCAUCAAUUCUUAAUGGAUUGGCUGAUGUAGAUCCUAAUAUCAGUGAAACUGCUAUGAGGUCUGGUAAAUUGCUUGUUAAAAAUUACGCAAAUAAAGCUAUUGAUUUACUUUUGCCUGAACUUGAAAAUGGUCUCUGUAAUUCCAGUUACAGAAUUCGUCUUAGUUCAAUUCAACUUAUUGGAGAAUUGUUAUACCAAGUUACUGGACUUAAUCGUAAUGCUGAAACCUCUGAAGAAGUUGAAUUUUCUGGUGUUGGGAAAAGACUUGUUGAAGUUCUUGGAAUUGGUCGUCGGAAUGUGCUUUUAUCUUCCUUAUUUUUUUGCCGAUUUGAUGUUGAUGGCGUGGUUCGUAAUGCUGCUCUUGACAUAUGGAAAUCUCUUGUGUACAAUACUCCACGUACAUUAAAAGAGAUUUUGCCAACAAUCAUAUCACUUACAAUUUGUCGUUUGGCUGAUGAUAGUGGUGAUCUUCGCGAAACUGCUGCUAGAUCUCUAGCAGAUCUUACUCGUCGUGUUGGAAGCUUGAUUUUGCAGGAGUUGUUACCAAUUUACGAAAAAUCCUCAUCAAGAGACGAUUCUGAUGUCAAACAGGGAAUUUGUAUUGCUCUUAGAGAGUUAAUUCAAACAAGUGAUUUAGAGGUUGUAAGCCAAUAUCAAGAAUCUUUUAUUACAAUUAUUCGUGAUUGUUUGAUUGACAAUGACGAUGAUGUUAGAUCAUCUGCUGGUCUUGCAUUUGAAGUCUUGCAGGAUACUAUUGGAAAAGCAGCAAUUGAUGGUAUAAUUCCACAUCUUCUUCAUCUUCUAGCUUCAAGUGAUCAUUCUGAUAAUGCUCUUUAUGCCUUGCAAGAAAUUAUGGCCACUAAAUCGGAUGAUAUCUUUCCAAUUUUAAUACCAACUCUAUUAUCUCCGCCAGUUGAUGCAUUUAAAGCUUCAGCUCUUGGUUCAUUGGCAGAAGUUGCUGGAAAUGCUCUCUAUAGACGAUUGUCUUCUAUAAUUAAUGUUUUGGUUGAAGCUAUUAUCCAAAAUCAAAACAAUAAAAAGGAACAAGAAGAGAUUGAUAAGGCAUUUCAAAAGAUUUUGUUGUCAAUUGAAGAUGAGCGCGGUUUGCAUCCAUUAUUGCAACAGUUACUUUCUUUUAUUAACAGUGAAAAUCCGCAGAAAAAGGCUGUUGUUUACAAACAUCUAUGCACCUUUUUUGAAGAAACAAAUUUGGAUUAUUCAGUUUACACUCAAGAUAUUGUAACCAACACAAUAAGCUCUUUGGAUGAUGAAAACGAAGAUGUUGUUUAUCAUGCAUGGCAUGCAUUAUCUAUGUUGAUUUCGUUGCAAUCAAAGGAGUCACUAGAGAGAUUGGUAAAACCAGCUCAGGAGUCAUUGGUUUUAACAGGUGUAAAUGGUGUAGAUUUACCUGGAUUCAAGUUACCAAAAGGACCCAGUUGUAUUUUACCAGUAUUUAUUCGUGGUCUUAUGUAUGGGACAUCAGAACAAAGACAGCUAUCUGCAGAUGGUAUUGCUGAAAUUGUUUCAAAAACUCCUCCAAUUAUAUUAAAAACAUAUGUUACAGCUAUAACAGGUCCUUUAAUUCGUGUAAUAGGUGAUAGAUUCAAUGGUGACGUAAAGGCAUCUAUUUUAUCCACUCUUAACAUUCUUUUCUCUAAGGUUCCUCAAUUUUUAAGACCUUUCAUUCCUCAAUUGCAAAGAACUUUUGUUAAAUCUUUAUUGGAUUCUAGCAAUGAAACAUUGAGAUCCAAAGCAGCUAAAGCUUUGGGAUCACUUAUUGAACAUCAACCAAGAGUCGAUCCUUUAGUAACUGAAUUAGUGAAUAGCGCUAAAGCUACUAAUGAUCCACGGAUCAAAUUCGCUAUAGUAAAUGCUAUAGUAGAAGUCGUGAAUAAAUCGGGAUCCAAAAUGGGUGACGCUUCCAAAUCUAAUAUUUUGAGAUUAAUUGAAGAAGAUUCAUCUAAUAGCAAUGAGAAUUUGAUAACAAUGUACGCAAAGUUAAUUGGAUCGUUAUCCAAAAUUCUUAAUAGUGAUAGUGCAGCUAAGAUUUUACGAACCAAGAUUUUACUGGCUCCUUUUGAAGAUGAAACUGCUAAUUUUUCAAUACUAACAAUGAAUUCGUUUUUGCAAAAUGCACCAGUUCAUAUAUUUGCUGAUGAUGCUCUAAAUCGCGAUAUUGGUGAUAUCAUAAAUGCUGGAAUCAACAGCAAGAUUCCACAUAUUUCGGAGAAUUCCAUUAUUGCAGCAGGUAAAUAUUUGUUGCUCCAUGGAAACGUUGGCCCUCCUAAAAGAUUUUUGUUAGACAACUCUCAAACAAACCACGAGCCUUUCUUUGUGUUUGAUGAAACUAUUGAGGAACUAAUUAAUUCUUUAUGUAUCGCGGCAAACAAACCCAAAUCUAAUUCAUUGGAGGCCAGAAGGUUAUCAUUAGUAGUCUUAAGAACUCUCUCAAGGUUUGAAUAUAAUGAAAUUAUUAAAGAAAACAUCACAAAAAUUUCCUUAGCGAUAUUUAUGUGUGUUCGGGAUUCUAUAAUUCCUAUUAAACUUGCUGCUGAAAAAGCUUAUAUUGAAUGUUUUAAUUUAGUUCAUGAUGAGGAUUCUAAAUUUUUCCAAGAAUGGUUUGAAAAAUUACGUAGUGAAAAUCAAGACAGUGUUUCGACUAUUAUAGGAAGCAAAAUUCUUUUAAGGUCUAUUGGCGAUUACACAAAAAGAGUUGCGACUCGUUUGGCGAAAGCUGAAAGAGAGAAAAUUGCAGCUGGUGGUGAUGAGGAAGUUAUGUUUUCUGACAAGUUUGAAGACGAAAAUGAAAUAUGGGCAGUUUGAAAUGUAGAGGUUUUUCAUCCAUAGAAAACCAUAAUGUUUUUAUCUAAAAUCUUUAUUUUUAUAUUGAUUGCUUUUUUGUUUUAUUUCCAUAAAUUAAUA